UCGAUCUCCACGUCGGCAGAUUUAUUCACGCGGUCCACGUCAAUUGUCGCUAGUCACAGCUAAUACGCCCAAACGGUUACAGAAAGUAACGGUCGUCAUUCUCAAGGUUGCAGCUGUAGCGCCUCGCGUCACGUCCCGACCAAUCGCAUCGAACCUCCUCCCCGGAAAUCCCGCUCUCAAAAGCACCCAGUCCACAUCACGCGCAGUCAGCACCUUCGCAGCAACUUCCAGCUCAUCCCCAGCUACCAGUAGCAGCACGAAUAGCACAAAAAUAGAAUCAGAUCUCACCUCGGCGGAAGCUGCGGCGGGGAUGGCGGCGGCGGCGGGGGACGCAAAGGGUCGCGGCGAGGGGAUCGCGAUCGUGUGGCUGCGCAGCGAUCUGCGCGUGCACGACAGCGAGGCGCUGCUGCGCGCGUGGCAGGCGGCGGCGAUCGCGGUGCCCGUGUACUGCUUCGACCCGCGCUGCUUCUCCACCACGCACCACUUCGGCUUCCCGAAAAUGGCAGCCCACCGAGCACGCUUCCUGUUAGAGAGCGUGGCGGACAUGAGGCAGGGCUUGCGGGGGAUGGGGUCGGAGCUGGUCGUGAGGGUGGGGCCGCCUGAAACCGUGCUGCCCGAGCUGGUGGCGGCUCUCAACGCGCAUCUGGUGGUGGCUCGGGCGGAAACAACAGACGAGGAGCUCAGGGUGGAGAGGAACCUCAAGCAUGCGCUAAACAAUGUGACUAUAACGAGGGCCACAGGAGGCCCAAUAACAGCUCAAGAACGGCCCGCAGCAGAUACUGCCAACGGUCGCCGCCCGAAGCUGGACCUGAUAUGGGGGCUGACCAUGUACCACGUGGAUGAUCUGCCGUUCGCUCCUGCUGCCCUGCCUGACGUCUACACUCAUUUCCGGAAGGCUGUGGAAACCAAGGCCAAGGUCCGCCCGCCCCUCACCAUGCCUGCCAGCCUCGGACCAUUCCUCUCUGCCGAAGCUGUUGACAGGAUCGGCGGUUUGGGCUCGCUGCCUUCUCUGGCAGACCUUGGGAUUGACGACCCGCCACCACAGGACCCAAGGGGCGUGCUGCCGUUCAAGGGUGGUGAAACAGCAGCAUUGGGUCGGGUGGAGGAGUAUGUGUGGCAGCGGGAGUGCAUUAAGGAGUACAAGCUGACUCGCAAUGGCAUGCUGGGGGCGGAUUACAGCACCAAGCUAUCCCCAUGGCUGGCACAUGGAUGUAUCUCUGCUCGAUACAUUCAUUCAGAGGUGCUGCGGUACGAGAGGGAGCGAGUAGCAAACGAGUCCACAUACUGGGUGUUGUUUGAGCUGAUUUGGAGGGACUACUUUAGAUUUCUCUCCAUUAAAUGCAGCAACUCCAUCUUCCACUUGGGUGGGCCCCGCAAGCUGCAAUUCAACGGCCGAGAUUGGUCCACGGACAGAGCUCUCUUUGAUUCGUGGCGGGAGGGACGAACGGGGUACCCUCUGGUGGAUGCCAAUAUGAGGGAGCUUGCAGCCACGGGUUUCAUGUCCAACCGAGGCAGACAGAUAGUGUGCUCGUUCCUGGUGAGGGACAUGGGCAUGGACUGGCGCAUGGGGGCGGAGUGUUUUGAGUCGCUCCUCCUUGACCACGACCCUGCUUCCAACUACGGCAACUGGACAUACGGAGUGGGCAAUGAUCCCAGGGAGGACCGAUACUUCAGCAUUCCCAAGCAGGCGUCCACAUAUGAUCCCAAUGGCGACUACGUUGCUCAUUGGAUCCCUGAACUGGCAGCUCUCCCUCCAUCCCUUCGCCACUGCCCCUACCGUCUGUCUCCCUCCGAGCGAGCUGCAUACAAAGUGGAUGCCGAAGGAUCCACCUACCCCUUGAAGCCUGUGGUGCCAUUGAAAUUUGGUGGUGCUGCUGCUGGUGCACGGGAUUAUAGGAACGGAGGAGGCCGUGGUGGUAGAGGAACAGAGACCAGUGGCAAUGCGAAUGGUAGUCGCUCACGAACGGGUGGGAUGCAAGGGAGGGGUGGGAGUGAUUUACGAAAAGUUACUAAUCUGUUGACCGGAGAAAAGUUUUCAGCAGACCAAGCAGCACGCGAUCCUGCUAACUUUUUCAAUCUCAGGCUCGAUUCUUGUCCUGCAGCCGUUUUGGAGGAUGGCUCUCGUGUCCUUUAUUGCGAGCAGGCCUUCUGGAGGUCACCUGAAAAGCCUUUCCGCCAGCGCUUCUAUGUUGUGAGGCCAUGCUCCAAAGAAAUGAAGUGUGAUGCUGAGGUGGCCAGCUAUGCUCUUCGAGACGUUGAAGAGUACCGAAACUACUGUGAGCGCCCAAAAAAUCAGCGGCCACAAGCAGAGGAGGUCAUUGGGGAUAUUUCGGAGCACCUUGCCACAGUGUACCUCUCGCGAUGUGAGGGAGGGCGGAAGUGUGCAUAUGAAGGCUCAACACCUCCAGGAGGCUUUCCAAACAACUGGAACGGAGCUACCCGGUGCACUUCAGAGCUUACUCUAUUUCGCAGUGGAGAAGUUCACAGCUGGGACAGAGGCUACAAGGAUGAUGGGGUGCAGGUAUGUUCGCAUCUAGUGCUCCAACCGCAACGAGCUAAGCAUCGGGUCGAGCAAGUUCGAGGAGAUUUUGGAGACAGCCAACAAGCUGACAACGAACCCGGGCGUGGCCUCCGACCUGAAGCUGCGGGAGAAGCUCAUGGACGCCGAUGUGCUGGACGGCCUCUCGCAG